AUGUCGUCGAGCAACGGUCGUAUCGCCACUGCGCCCUCGCAGUCGGUGGACUGGGCGAGGCUCGGAUUCAAGGAGCGCGAUGUGAACGGCCUCGUGCGCGUCACCUGGAAGGACGGCAAGUGGGGCAGCGUCGAGAUCCAAAAGGAGAGCCACAUCAACGUGCACGCAGCUGCGCCCUGUCUCAACUACGGACAGCAGGCUUUCGAGGGCAUCAAGGCUUUCCGAUCGGCCACGGGAUCGGUGCGCGUGUUCCGACCGCACGAGAACUGGGUGCGCAUGAACCUGAGCGCACGCAUGGCGUCGAUGCCCGAGCUGCCGCAGGAGCUGUUCCUGGAGGCGAUCAAGGUGGCGGUUGCGAUGAACCUCGAGUAUGUGCCGCCGUACCAGAAGAACGCUUCGGGCGGUGCGCUGUACAUCCGACCUCUGCUGCUUGCCACGGGACCGAAUCUGCUGCUGGGCAGUCCGGACGAGUUUACGUUCCUGGUGUGGGUCACACCCGUCGGAUCGCUCUACGGCAGCGGUGCCGAGAUCCCUGCCGUGGACGGAUUUGUGCUCGACACCUUCGACCGCACUGCACCCAUGGGUACGGGCCACACCAAGCUGGGCGGCAACUACGCGCCCGUGUUUGCGCCCACGGCUGCGGCCAAGAAGCAGGGCUAUCCGAUCACGCUGCACCUCGACUCGGCCACGCACACGUACGUCGACGAGUUUUCCACCUCCAACGCGCUCGCCGUGCGCAAGCAGGGCUCGGAGACGACGCUGGUGGUGCCGGAGAGCACGUCGAUCCUGCGCUCGGUGACCAAGCUGAGCGUGGUGGAGAUCGCCGAGAAGCUGUGCGGCUGGAAGGUGGAGCUGCGCCAGGUGGCGUUUGACGAGCUCAAGCAGAACAAGUUUGGCGAGUUGAUGGCGGCAGGUACCGCCGCCGGCAUCACGCCCGUCCGAUCGCUCUCGUACAACUCGCACAAGCCGCAGCUGCAGCACGAGAAGCUGUCGCCCGACGGACCCAAGUACACCUUCCCUGCCGAAAACGAGGUGAAGCGCAUCGAGUUUGGCGACGGCAAGACCGCGGGCGAGUGCGCGCGUAGGCUGUUUGACGAGCUCACCUCGUACCAGUGCGGCGACCAGGAGGACAAGUUUGGGUGGCUGUGGCCUGCCGAGGGGCUCGUUGCCGAGGACGCCAAUCUGCCUUCCAACUAG